UUAUUAUUUUUUUUUUUUGUUUUUUAAAAUUAUUGCUCCUAUUUUUUUAUAGAAUGUUUUAUAGUAUAAAUAAAUUAGUAUUUCUAAUAUUAUUUUUAAUAUUAAGUAAAAUUAAUUGUAAUAUUUUAGGUUCAGAAGAACCCAGUCAAACUCCAACAAAUGUUCCAGAUAAACAAUUAAAAAUUGAUUUGGUCUCUUAUAGUUUUAAAAACUGUGAAUUAAAAAUCUAUGUUUUUUCAAAGAUUUAUGGUAAUGAUGCAAUCCAAGUAAAUUAUAAUGGUCAAGUUUUUAAAAAUGAUAGAGUUGCUUACCUAAAUAGAGAAAAAGUCAAAAAAGAAAUGGGUGGUGACGUAAGCAAGUAUCUUGAUUCAACUACUGAGCAAGAGUUUUUAAAAAUAUUAUAUAUUGAACCAGUAAAUAUAACACAAGUUUCAAAUGUCUCGGUACAAUAUCAAAAUAGAUCAAAUAGUUUGGAAGAUUCCCAAAUUAAAUUAUUAGAGCUAAAGUCCACCAUAUGCAAUAGUACAAUCAAAGAAAGAAUUUUAGAAUUGAAUGGUGUAUUUUUUUAUUCCAAUAGUCAACUACCUGUAAUUAAUAUCGAGGCAGUAAGAAAAGAUCAACUAUACCACAGAUGUAUACCUAUGGUAGCAUCAAAUUCCUCCAUUAGAUGUAUUUUGGAUAAAUCCUUUUUUAGUGGCUGUAUAGAAAGAAUCAAGAUGAAGAAUGUAGAAGGAUUUUCCCAACAGUAUACCGCUUUAAAAGAUGAUGUUUGUUCAGAAAAGCCUUUAGUCAAAAAGUUGUUCAUCCAACAAGAUGCCGUUUCAAGAUCAUUCAAAUUAACAAUUAUUGGUAAAAAUUUUGAAGGUGGUGUAAAUGCAUAUCUUAGACUAGAGUGUGAAAAGCCUAUCGAUAUCUAUGAUAGAACAGACCUUUCGGUACCCGAUUUACACAACUAUGGCAGUUUAUUCCUAUCAGAGUCAUCAAAAAUAAGUGACCAUAUUUUAAUUUAUAAUUUUCCUGACGAUGUUUCCGAUGUUUUAGAAUUGAAUGAUUUUAGUGGAGAGAAUUUCUACAACUAUUUGGUACUAGAGCAGCUAUAUGGGCAAACAGAGCACAGUAAAAAUAUUACCAAAAGAGAAUUGGUAGAAAUAAAAUGGUCUGAUGUUGUUGUAAAUAACACUGAUUCAAGAUUAAUCGGCUUAGUUGCUAUACCAGGUUUCCUUUUUAUGGUUUUUAUUAUAUUAAUAGUAAUAUUAUUAUAUAAUAAAAUUACUAGAGGUGAAUAAAAAAAGAAAUAAUGGUAUUGGUGGCAGUAAAUAAUAAUAACUAUUAAAUAAAAGCAUUAUAAAUAAAUCAUUAAAAAUCCUGUAAAUAAAGUUCUUUGUUUAAAAAAAAAAAAUAAAAAAAAUUAAAGGU